AUGUGGGCAGGCACCUUCGAUUUCGCUCAUAGUAGUCACUUUGACAUUUCUGCUGAAGCAAUGCAUUCAAACAUUAUGUCUACUCCACAGAAUGCGACUACCAAUGACUCUCCUGGUGCUUUAGUAGCCGCACCAACCCUAGACCCACACCAAACCGCUCAUACGAUGCUUGCCACUGAUUCUGGUAUUCAAGACGCGUUUUCUGCUGCGGCAGCAUUACUCCGAGUACAACAUGAACCACAACCUCAUCACCAGCAAAAUCAUACUCAAUUGGAUAUUCAUCUGAAAAGAGUAGAGGGACCUCUUCAACAAGGGAAUUUAUCUAUGGCAAUCCAAAUACUGUCCGAGAUUACUGAGCUCGUAGUCUCUAAUUGCGAGUAUCUGGGUCUAUCAGGAGAUGACAACGUUCCAUCAGCGUACAGAGUCAAGCGAGAGAAUUUCUGGCGUAGUCUUAACAACACAUGGAUCUAUACUCUAACACAGAUAAAUGUGUCCUCCAAACAUUCGACCUUUAUUGACCAUGAAUUUCUCUGCCAUCUACGGCAAUCGAUAGUCAGUUGGGCUGAUGUUUUAGAGAGAUAUGGGCUAGUAGAUUAUGAACUUGGCUUUUGGGAGCAGGAUCUUCUUGAGGCCAUUGAUCGCACUCUUGCCGCUUUUUUAAACCAACAUAGUUGUCGUGCUUUCGACGGGGAGGUGCUUUCACAAUGUCAACCGGAAAUGGGUUCAAGAGUGAAGGUGCAUGAUGGGGAGUUGUAUUCGCAUGUGUGA